UAUGUAACAAUAGUCGGCUGACAUUAAGGAGUUCCAACAUUAAUCUUAUACAUGCAGGUCAAUGUGAAUGAUAAGACAUCAUAAAAGUUCACUUUACACCAGACAAGACACGUAACAACAAAAGAAUGAAACUUCUUAUUCUAGCCUGCUUUUUACAAGGAUGUUUGGGAGCUGCUCUUGUAGAGAAGAGAGCCAUGUGUGCGGACAUCUGUCCUGCUGUCUACUCCCCGGUAUGUGGCUCGAACGGAAAGACCUUUUCAAAUCGAUGUGAACUGAAUGCUGCCACAUGUCACGACAGUACGAUAACCUAUGUUAGUGACGGCAGAUGUGGAUCUUCACACGCCAUCAGCAUUUGUCCCCAGCUAGCUUGUAUACGUGUUUACGACCCUGUUUGUGGUUCAGACGGAAAAACAUACAGUAACUCAUGCACCCUAAAGGUGACUCACUGUCAUGGAGACGUAACAGUUGCGCAUCACGGUUCCUGUUCCGGAGAUCUUGUUGUCAGUUAAAUAUACAAUUUCAGUGUAGAACAAUUGAAUUCAAUAAAGGCGCCACAAAAAAAAAAAAACAAAAA